AUGACCGACAACACCACCGAAAUCCAAGGCUUCGCCUCCCGCCGCAACAACACCUGCCUCGCCGACGAGGUCAGCUGCGGCCGCACCUGGGACACCUGGUACGCCUGCUGCCCGUCGGGUUCCUACUGCCCCGGCAGCAAGGUCAGCAUCCCCAAUAACGUCUGCUGCCCGAGCUGGACCGACUGCACCGCCCAGAUCGAGGACCCGCCCGUGUGCGCCGACGCCCAGUGGGCCCUGUACAACUACAGCGGAUAUUUCUGCUGCGAGGGCGAUACCCAAGGGUUUGGGGUGAAGAAGGAGACGUGGGUCGGGUGUGCGCCGGCGGGAUUUCAGGGGGAUGCGUCGUUUUCGGCGUUGAAUGUCAUUGCGCAAGGUAUUUCGUUCCAUCCUCCCUGCACUGGGGUUUGGGGGUUAUCCGGGAUAUGA